AUGGUCAGCAGGUUCCUACUCCUCCUCUCAGGUAUCAGUGUCCUGCUGGCUCUGUCAUUCCGUCUCUGUCUGUGCUGCCCUAAAAAUGCCAAAUCCCACAACAGUACACACUGUGUUUGUGAAGAUGGAUUCCAGGCCACGUCUGGGAGCACAUACUUCACUGAGUCCAACGAGAAAUGUGAAGAUAUUGAUGAAUGUACAACUGGCCAGCCACCUUGCAAGUCAAGUGCAUACUGCAAAAAUACGUUUGGAAGUUAUGAAUGCUACUGUGUCCCCAAAUUUUCUUUCUUUAACUGGGUGGCUAGCCUCUUUGCCAUCAGCCAUCCAGAUUGUUAUAAGGGCAACAGUAAGAAUAUCCAGUCAUCAGGAGACUUUUGGAAAACCAUUCAGAACAACAGAAGUAAAAAGGAGAUUGCACGAGAGACUACUCGACUAAUUCACAAAUUUGAAUCGACCAUAUGGAGUAAAAGUUUUACUUCUCCAGGAAAGCACAAAGUCCCUAUGCUUGGGAUAGAGUAUGAUGUCAUGAGAUGCAAUGAGAAAAACAAGAGAACUACUUUGGAGGCUGGGAAUAGCACACUGGAAAUCGACUGCACUGAUGUUUUCAAAGAAACUAUUACAAAUCAAAGUGCUGUAGCACUGAUCACUUAUCAAACACUUGGGGAUGUUCUCAAUGGAUCCUACUUUAAUGACACAAAAGGACUGGAGGAAGUAAAACUGGAUUCUUAUGUCUUGAGUGGCACCAUUGGUUUGAAGAAAAAGAUUUACCUGUCCAAACCUGUGGUCCUGGUCUUUAAACAUACUCAGCCUGUUAAUGAAAGAGCAAGACAUUUCUGUGUCUACUGGGAUGAAUCAAUGGAAGAAGGCAGCUGGUCAAGGGAGGGCUGCUUCCGUGCAGGCAGCAACGAUUCUUACACCAAGUGCCAGUGCUUCCAUCUGUCCAGCUUCGCUGUUCUCAUGGCUCUUACACCGCAGGUGGACCCAGUGCUGACCAUGAUCACCCACGUGGGGCUGAGCCUCUCCCUGCUGUGCCUCCUCCUGGCGGCCCUCACCUUCCUGCUGUGCCGGCCCAUCCAGAACACCAGCACCUCGCUGCACCUGCAGCUCUCCAUCUGCCUCUUCCUGGCCCACCUGCUCUUCCUCGCGGGGAUUGAGAAAACUGAGCCGGAGGUGCUGUGCUCCGUCAUCGCCGGGGCGCUGCACUACCUCUACCUGGCCUCCUUCACCUGGAUGCUCCUGGAAGGGCUGCACCUGUUCCUCACUGUCAGGAACCUCAAGGUGGUCAACUACACCAGCGCAGGCAGAUUCAGCAAGAUGUUCAUGUACCCUGUUGGCUACGGGAUCCCAGCUGUCAUCGUGGCUGUGUCUGCAGGCUUUGGAUACAAACAUUAUGGAACAUACAAUUAUUGCUGGCUGAGGAUUGAUAAAGGCUUUAUCUGGAGCUUCAUGGGACCAGUGGCCGUCAUUAUCUCGAUAAACUUGGUGUUCUACAUCACAAUUCUGUGCAUUUUGAGACAGAAACUUUCUUCCCUCAAUAAAGAAGUCUCCACCAUUCAGAAUACCAGAGUCAUGACAUUUAAAGCCAUUGCCCAGUUAAUCAUCUUGGGAUGUUCUUGGGGCCUUGGAUUUUUUAUGGUUGAAGCAGUAGGGAAUGGAGUUGGAUUGAUCAUUGCCUAUCUGUUCACCGUCAUCAAUGUGCUACAGGGGGUUGUGCUCUUCGUGGUACACUGUCUCCUUAAUUACCAGGUGCGAAUGGAAUACAAGAAAUGGUUCUGUGGGGCACGUAAAAAGGUUGAAACUGAAAGCACUGGACUGUCUCACUCUACAACCCACACCAGAGUGGUAAGACCUACCUUCUGGGAUGCCAUUGGCCUAUUUGAACCCAGUAUCUUGUGCUACCAGGAGCGUCCUAGUUCCUUGAUCCCAUGUGAAGAGUGA